GACGCUAGUCAGUCACAGUCAACGCAAAGCACUACAAUGUCGCACAGGUACUUGAAGUUAGUAAUUUCUGCUUUCAUGUUUAUGUGGCUAUGCCACAGAACAACAUUAGCAGCUGAUGCAACUCUUCGGAUUGUUGGUGGUCAAACUACGACCAUUGCUAGGGCACCAUAUAUGGUGCAAAUCCGUUACAAUGGUAAAUUCGAGUGUGGUGGCACUUUGAUAUCGACAACUCACGUCCUGACAGCUGCACAUUGUAUCAAAGGCAAGAGACGCGCUGGCUUCAUCAUACAUGCAAAUACCACUAGGUUAUCACAGGCGGGUAUAAGACGCCGCGUCUCAAGAGCAUUCGUACCGCGUAGAUUCACGACAGCAACUAAAAGAAUGGACGUGGCUGUAUUGAAGUUAGCCAGAGCUAUCAAUGGCACAUAUGCACAACCCAUUGGCCUGUGCAAUACUCGAUUGACUGCUGGACUUAGAAUGACAAUCUUAGGCUGGGGAACGACUUCGGAAAGUAGUAGUACUGCAUCGCAAGUUUUGCGUAGAGCAAAUGUACCAGUUAUACGAAAAGCGAGAUGCCGAAGACAAUAUAGCGGUAUUCAAGCUCUGACAAGGACCAUGUUUUGUGCUGGUGUUCCUGGGAGGAAAGACUCAUGCUCGGGUGAUUCUGGUGGCCCGGCGAUACACAAUGGACGUGUGUGCGGCAUUGUUUCGUUUGGUAACGGCUGUGCACGUCCAAACUAUCCUGGUGUCUAUACAAGUGUACCGAUGGUGCGGAGGUUUAUAAACCGCGCAUUGGCACAAUAA